CGUUCCGCUCCGCUCCGCUCCGGACCUGCCACGAGCACGACCCCAGGAUGCCGUCCCAGAUGGAACACGCCAUGGAGACCCUCAUGUUCACCUUCCACAAGUACGCGGGGGACAAGGACCACCUGGCCAAGGAGGACCUGAGGGCCCUCAUGGAGAAGGAAUUCCCAGGAUUCCUGGAGAACCAGCGGGACCCCAUGGCCCUGGAGAAGAUCCUGAGGGACGUGGAGCAGAGCCGGGAUGGCCGGGUGGGCUUCCAGGGUUUCUUCUCGCUGGUGGCCGGGCUCACCAUCGCCUGCAACGAUUACUUCGUGCUGCACAUGAAGCAGAAGGGCCGCAAGUGAGGGGGCACCUGGGGGUGCUGAACCCUCCCCCAAGGGGUGCUGACACCCCCUCACACCCCUGGGUGGUGCCUUAACCCACCUCUCCCAGGUCCUGCCUUAAC